CAACAUUUGAAGUUUCAAAGGCAAAAGACUCAGCUUUAUCCGACGAUUAUGUAACACCUUUAAUAGUGGGUCACGAAUUCAUCGAAGUCUUAGGUGUGGGUACGUACCCAAUCCUACUAACCUAGUAUUCGACCCCUGCAACCCUUACGCGAACCACACACAAUUUUCCACUCUCAAUCCAUAAUCCUCCAAAAACCCGCGAAAGUUUUCCGAAUUGUAGUUUGACAUCCAGCAACAUACCGCAACCCGACCGUUCGUGAUCACUGUUAUCGCAACACCACGUCCGAAAAUAUGUCUCACGAAUCCGUCUGGAACUCGCGCCCGCGAACGUACGGCAAGGGCGCUCGUGCCUGCCGUGUCUGCACCCACAAGGCCGGUCUGAUCCGCAAGUACGGCCUCAAUAUCUGCCGUCAGUGCUUCCGUGAGAAGUCCUCCGACAUUGGCUUUGUCAAGCACCGAUAAACGCUCUUCGGAAUGUGACUUUCUUUCCUACCACGAUAUCUCUCGUCAGGCAUCGUCAAUGCGACUGCGGAAAUGGAGUUGUUGGUUUUUCAUUAGGAACAGGGUUGAGCAUUUGCCUUGAGGCAUUGGUACAGGCUUGCGUGGAAGGAAAAUGAGCAAAUGGCUCUUCGGUUCGACUAGACAACUAAACCACCACGACAAUGCUUACGAGAAUUCGA